CGGCCUGGGUGGUAUUUUCUCCUCGCCGCUCCGUGGGCCCCUGGAAACCUCACCCAACCAGGCGCUCCCUGGCCCCACGCAGUCUCCCCCCUUACUUUCUAGGCGCUUGACGCUGGUCGGUGCCCCCCAAAACCUCCACCUCCAAACCCCUCUCAUCCCCCGGGUAGUUUCUCGGUGUCCCGGCACUCCAGACUCUCCCACGUAGGAGGAAAUAGUUUAGUGACUUUUCAGGUAAUAAUUAUCCUAAGUCCAGAUGUCUUCAGCACCUGAGCCUCCGAAAUCCACAAAGGAACCACCCAAACAGAAAGACUUUCGAAACCCGGGGCUCAGAGGGGUCCGCACCACAACCUUAUUUAGAGCUGUGAAUCCAGAGCUCUUCAUUAAACCUAACAAACCUGUAAUGGCUUUUGGAUUGAUAACCCUUUCUCUUUGUGUGGCUUAUAUUGGUUAUCUACAUGCAACGCAAGAGAAUAAAAAAGACCUCUAUGAAGCUGUUGAUAGUGAGGGACACAGUUAUAUGAGGAGGAGAACAUCUAAAUGGGAUUAAUAAUGCUGGUUACUACACAUGGAAAUCUUCAUAUAAAAUCUUCAAAUAAAAGACUUUGUAAGUGCACAGAUUCUUGUUACGUGUUUUAGAUUAUACUGAGGAAAGAAGAUAGCUGUUGCAAACCAGACCACUACAGUAAAUUUUGUUAUUUCAAAACUGCAGCAAUUAUCUUAUUCUUUAUCCAUGGAAAGAGCUUCUCAAUAUUUUUCUUUAACCCCUCUUGUGGAAGUGCCAGGAGAAUGGAAGUCUUUUUAUUUUUUUUAAUUUAAUAAACUCUAUAAUAAAAGAAC